AUGUUCUUUCAAGAAGAAUUUAUUGGUGCUGUAUCCAAAUAUAAGCAUGGUUCAAGUUUUUGGGGUGAUCAAAUUGUAUUUUAUCUAAAUAUAGAUUUCGCAUUGAAAAAUAUACAUCAAAAUGAAGAUCCUUCUUCUUCAAUUUCAACUUCGGAUGGUCUUUUUGAUAUAACAUCGGCACCUGAAGAACUUAUCGAGAUAAUUUAA